AUGGCCUCUAUCGAAAGCGUCGCGAACACAGGAAAGAAACUAGAGUGUCGGUUCUGUCAGAGAAUCUACUCCAAAGCAGAGCACUUGACAAGACACGAGCGUUCUCAUACAGGUGUGCGACCGUUUACCUGCAAAGAAUGCAACCGCGCAUUCAGUCGACAAGAUUCGUUAGCUCGUCAUGAGAAACUUCAUCUGCGUAGAGAGAGCAUGAAAUGUGCUUCACCUCCCAGUUCGAUUUACACACCAGCCAAAUCGAAUGCAUUGCAGCACUUGCUAGCCGCCGAUGAGGAUAUUGAGUCUCACAACUAUGUACCACCAACAGAUCAUAGUACUUCUCAAACUUGGCACGAGCAAUCGUAUCAAGUAGAGUCUGAUAUGAUGGACAUGCACUGUGCCACGGACCUCGACUUCCAACUGAUCUGGCCUGAUUCCGAGGAGCUGUUUCAGUCAAUCAUGUCAACGGAUACUACAACGCACAUGCCGGUGGGCACUUUGCCAUUUCCCCAAGGGCUUGAUCAGUUUACGCCGACUAGUCUCGAUUCGCCUACCUCAUUCGAUGACCGAGGGACGGCUAUCAAGUCUAUACCAAAUGGUGGUGGUCAUCAGGCUGUUCACGGCGUCAGCAAGAUGAUCUCGAACUUGUCUUCGAGCAUCACCGCCGAGGCAGAAGCAACAUCCAUUACUUCGGUGUUCCUGGACGAGUGCCUGCACAUGUUCUUCGUCCGCUUCAUACCGACAUUCCCUGUCUUACAUCGCUCAACAUUUGUGUUCAAAGAAUGUACCCAUCCUCUGCUCUUGAACGCAAUCGCGAUCGGGUCGUUGUACCUUGGUCCCAAGGAUGCCAUAGCAAAAGGCGAAGCCUUGUGGCGUCUUUCUCACACAGCGGUUGCAACUUCAUGGCAAAGUUUGAUCACUCAUCGAGGACCAUACGACCCAUGUAACGGCCUCCAACUGGUACUGGCUGCUUUGCUUGGUCAAGUCUAUGCAGCACUCUCCAAAAAUCGUGCGCUUAGGACAACUUCGCAAAUAUUCCAUGCUCUAGGUUUUUCCUGGGCAAGACACUGUGGCAUGUAUGACAACGACACAUUCUCGUUGGAUGGCUUGCCGUCAUUGGAUGCAUCUCCAGCAGAGAAAGACCGACAAUGGAAAACGUGGGCUGCUCACGAGAUUCAAAGGAGGGCGUUGCUUGCUCAAUACAUACUGGAUGGACUGGUGUCAUCGGCUAGUGGAAAUCCUACUUCGACGCGACACGCUGCCAAUCAGCUUGGGCUUCCCUGCGACGAAAGCUUGUUCGAAGCAAGUACCGCAGAUGAGUGGCUUAUUAAGAUGCGAUCGCAACCCAGACAAGACGUCUCUUUCCGCAACAUCUUCCGGUCGUUGUUCUUGCCUGUGGACAUGGGCAGGUUACCAGAGCAUACACUGACCUCUUUCUCACUGCGCGUCAUCCUGGAAGGUGUACAGUCACUCGUCUCGGACUCCACGGAUGGACCGUCUAUCGGCGUACCUACUCGCUCUGAGAUUCGUAGGGCGCUGGCUCAGGUUCAUGAGAGCAUUACUAAGAACACCAUAUCGACUCCAGAGACACUUGAGGCUUUGUUACGCUGGCAUUCGAUCUGUCUAGAUGCAGCUACCGACUCGUCUAUGUUGUGCCGCCAUCUCUGUGCACGCUAUAACAUUCCACAACAUGUCUUGGGCGGUAACAGAGGACUCAAAGCAGGGCUGGAUCUGGUCGCCUGGGCCAAGACCGAAGAUGCACGCAGAGCUUUGCUUCAUGCCGUAGCGAUUCAGGACAUUGUCGAACAGCUUCCUCGUGGUCGUGCUCAUGUCCUUCACAUGCCCAGUUCACUGUUCGCCGCAGCGACUGUAUACAGUGUGUUCUCACUAGCGGGCCACACGACAGUCAAUCUGCCUCGCGUGGUCGACUGGAAAGACGCACUUUUCACCGAAGUCGACCCCUGCGUCAUACUCGGUGACCUGGCGGGUACAUCGGCAGGCUCAAGUCCGACAAGAAGAUUUGUUCGUGGUGAGCAGCUUUCUAGCAGCGGAUACGAGUCCAUGACACGCAAUCUGCUGUAUGAGCUCAACUCGAUGCAGAAGUUGUUCCGUUGUCUCAGCUCGCAGUGGGGACUGGCUUACGAUAUGGAGGUAGUCUUGAACUCUUGGAUCUCACUCAGUCAUUAA